CUCAAAGAUCCUCCACAUCAUGUUGUUAUUGUGGCAAACACGCAUCUUUACUUGUAAACUGGUUCAAUGUUCUAUAAUUUUAUGUGAUGAAUUUUAUCAUUUGAAGUAAUUUUAAUGUUUCUGCUGCAGGAUCCAGAAUGGGCUGAUGUCAAGCUUGCUCAAGCUAAAUAUCUUCUAUCACGCUUAGCUCAAUUUAAAACAUUGGUUUCCAACAGACUUGAAUGUACACCUUUAGUAAUAGUGGCUGGUGACUUCAAUUCCACCCCAGGGGAUAAGGUUUACAAGUACCUUAUUUCAAGUAGCUGUUCAUUGGCACAAGUGGUGGAAUGUUUAGAAGAUAAACCUAUUCCCUUGUGCAGUGCCUAUGCAUCUAUGAAAGGAGAACCAACAUUUACAAGCUGCACCCCUGGCUUCACAGAUACACUUGAUUAUAUAUUCUUUUCCCCAACGGAUAAUAUAAGACCAGUCAGUGUUUUGGAGCUUCCGGAACCAGACUCGCCUGAUGUUGUUGGUGGAUUACCGAACUCUUGCCACCCAAGUGAUCAUCUACCAAUUGGUGUUGGAUUUGAAAUUACCGGGGAAUAAAUUAUCUCAUGGUGCAUGUGGUAUUUGCAUUCCCCAUCUCUCUGUCUCAAAGAAAGGGUACAACUGAGACUACUUGAAAAUUAUAUUAGUGGGUUGACAUGUUUUAUAAGACUUUUUUUUU